CCAAAAUUACGAAUGACGAUUCAAAAUUGGGCCAUGUCAACUUAAUGGAAUCUUAUCAUCAAAUAAUAACAAUCACGUAAAGAGCUGCGGUAUUUAAUUACAGCAACUGUAGAUCACAAACGUAUACCCAGGAUCCACAGCGUCUCUUCUUGGAGCCUGUGAGCAUUUAACUCUCUAGUGAUUGUCUGCACAUAGGUGUGAUUUCUUUCUGUAAAACUCAAAUGUAAACGUUGUGAGUUAAAAGUUCGCUGCUCGUUGAUUGAUACUACCCUUGGACUAUAUACUUUGAUGGGGAAAUCGAAACUUAAGCCUCAAAAUGGCUACGAUGAGAACUCUGAGCAAGAAUUUACCUUACCUUCAGCAGCAAUUUUGUGCUCUGUUAGGUAAUACAAGUGCACCCGUUAAGGUUAUGAGCGUAGUUGUACUGUUUGGAUACUUCCUGUCUUUCUCUCAAGAAGCCGUGAAUGUUUUGAGUGUGAGGCCUGGUUACAUAUUCCCUCCUGCUUUCUGGAUAUGGACAGCCUUCACGUUUUGCUUCCUGGAGCUGCACUUCUGGGAAGUUUGUGUUGACAUUGUGACUGUUGGUUUGUGUGGAAAACUAAUUGAGCCACUAUGGAGCUCAAUGGAGGUUGUCACCUUCUUUGCUAUUGUCAACCUCGGAGUGGCGGCACUCAGCGCAUCAUUCUACCUGUUCCUGUACAUGUGCUCAUCGGACACAAUGCUCCUCUUCGACAUCCACAUCCACGGAAUGGCAGGAUACAUUGCGGGAGUUGCUGUCGCAGUGAAACAGAUUAUGCCUGACCAUAUUCUACUCAAGACUCCGUUGGGAAAGAUGACAAAUAGAAAUGUGCCUCUAAAUGUUUUCUUAGCAUCACUUGUAUUAUGGUUGAUUGGUUUCCUUGAGGGCACAUAUCCUACCAUGUUUGCAUCUGGUGUUCUUGUCAGCUGGACAUAUCUACGUUUUUAUCAAUGGCAUAGUAAUGGCACCAAAGGUGACAUGGCAGAUAAUUUUACUUUUGCAAGCUUCUUCCCUACUGUUUUACAACCUCCAAUAGCUGUGUUUAGUAAUACAGUUCAUAGUUUCUUAGUAAGAAUACGCCUCUGCCGGCGCACUGUACGGAAGUUUGAUAUGGCUGCUGCUCCAACGGGAGUUACAGUAACUCUACCUGGAAUUGAUCCCCAUGACAUGGAGAGGCGCAGAUUAAUAGCACUGAAGGCUCUAAAUGAGCGACUUGGCAAGACUGACUCGUCUGUAUCCAGUCUGGUCGGAAUACCCCGCCCAUCUCAAAAAGAUCGAUCUAAGAUUGCCACCUCACCUAUACCAUCAAAUGCUUCAUCAAGUAGCUCAGUGGUGUCUAUUCCAAUACCGUCUUCGGUGGAAUCUCACAGUUUGGCAACACCGUUCACUUCCCCCUCAGUGCUCCCAGUUCAGUCAGCCAUUGUAGAUGUCAGUGGUGGCACCACAAGCCCUACAUCAACUUAACAGUUCUAAUUUAGAGCAUCGAGUUUUUUUUUUUUGUUAUUGUUAUUCUUUUAAAAAUAGUGGCAGUUGAAAUUGGAGAUUUGAGUGCAUUGGAGACAGUCCCAAGAUAUCUCAUUUUGUUUUGCAUAAGCCUGCUGUCACAUGUCCCCUUCAAGACUGGAUCGACUGAGCAAAGUGACAUUAUACUGAGUCAUUCCUUGUGAGGAAGUCUUUGUGAUAAAUGUUUAUAUUUGUACCUAUGAAGUUAGCUCUGUACAUUAUUUUAGUUAUGAUGUGUCCUCCUUAGUCACAUGUACCCUACUGAGUUGUUCUUGUUUUAGCUAUCACCAGGCUUAUUGCUUAUUCUUUACUCCUAUGAUAGAGGGGUAAGAAUUAUUUUAAAAUUCAAACUUACUAUCUCAAACAGUAAGGAUACCUGGGGCUAAGGAGGAAAACUGGUGAUUUUUUAAUAGUUAUAAGAAGUGUCAUUCAAUUGAUAGAAUUUCACAUCUCAGUGGUUUGUCAUAAAUCUUAUUGUAGGGCUUUAAAAAAUUAAAAAAAGAAAAGAAGUUUAAGAGUGAUGUUUGAUGUUUUUAUAUUAUAGUAUAUUCUAUUUCAAAGAUGUGUGAAGUGCUUUGUGGAGUCUCUAAAGAAAUUAAUUUAGAUGAACGAAGUAUGUGUUACUGUAUCAACAAGAUUCUAAUAAUUUGUGUUGACUCGUGUUUUCUAUACAAUUGUAAAAAGUCUGAGUAUAUAACUUUCUUGGAGCUUCCCACAGGUGGUCGUACAGUAUAUUCAGGUACAGAUACCUAGGUCUUUGGGCCUUUCCUAUUAUUUUGGAUUGACCAAAGCUCUAUUUCUGUGCACUUUCUCAUCACACCUAGCUAUUAAACUCACAAACCUACACCAGAAAA